AUGUUGACUGUUUACAAGAACAUGUCACUCACAGUCAACAAGCCCGGUCGAACCAUGGCGGAGAAAAGAUAUGAUGAGAACCCAUUCUUGGAGUCGAAGCGCUCGGCUGGUUCUGUUGCGGUUGUGAACAAGGCAUUAGGAGAAUGGGAGCUCGGGGUUUCGCAAGACAUAGAUAUCAUACCAGACGACAGGGAAGACAAGGAAGGAUUGGGAAAAGAAGCAAAAACCUCGGACCCGAUGAGCGACGAUACUGUCACUGAAGCUGCGAACACCGACAACCAUGAACCCUCUUCUGCGCAAAGUGAUGUGGAGUUUGAGCUAUCCAAAGAGGAAAGACAAGAGAUGACAACACUAAUUAAGUCGUUCCCCGGUCUCUCGUCUCACUAUAGGCUUUGUCGGAAAAUUGGUGAGGGAACAUUUUCAACAGUUUAUAAGGCGAUAGAUUUGAGGGGAUCCAAAGGUGGGAUGACUUCAUCAUGGAAUUCUCCCCCAAUAAAGAGAAUCAGAGAACCAGAGAUCGAAGUCAACAAAAAGAAGAAGAUACCAUACGUGGCAUUGAAACGUAUAUACGUUACCGCGUCGCCUCAGAGAAUCUUCAACGAACUGAACUUGCUCUAUAGUCUUUCGGGCUCGCCCAAUGUUGCUCCGCUCCUUGAUGCUCUUCGGUACGAGGACCAGGUGAUUGCAGUACUGCCUUAUUGCAGGCACACCGACUUCAGACUGUACUACAGAGAUAUGCCAUUGAGUGGCAUCAAAAUUUAUAUGCACGAGCUUUUGACAGCUUUGGAUUUUAUCCAUUCGAGAAAGAUCAUACACAGGGAUAUCAAGUCGACCAACUUCCUGUAUGAUGUACGCACCAGACGUGGCGUUCUGGUUGAUUUUGGGCUAGCAGAAAGGGAAAAGCCCAUCGAGGAAAAGAACUGCAGUUGCUCCACUGGUGGGGUGAAGCUUGCAGAAGUGACUCCUCUUGGAGUUACCAAGGGCUAUCUGAAAGAUGAUAAGAGAAGUGCCAGAAGAGCCAACAGAGCUGGUACCAGAGGAUUCAGAGCCCCCGAAGUUCUUCUGCGAUGCGGAAAUCAAACAACGAAGAUCGAUAUCUGGGCGGCUGGUGUGAUGUUGCUCACUUUGAUGGCCAGAAGGUUUCCUUUCUUUGACUCCCCAGAUGAUACCUCUUCAUUGAUAGAGCUAACCAGCAUCUUCGGACAUUCCAAGAUGAAGAAGAUUGCUCAAUUGCACGGUCUUGGCCUCGAAAGUAAUAUACCUCGGCUCGAAUCACACAAACUUGGCGAAAUCAUACACAUGUCUCUGCAAAUUGAUGCCGAAGCAGGCGAUAUGUUUGCAGACGACUCUCCUGCAUGGGAAACCUUUAGCGCUCUCGACUCUACUGGUCAACCUCUUGACACGGAGCUCGGGAGGCAAUAUGGAGAGAUGCUGCAACUGUUGGAGGGUUGUAUGAAGCUGGACCAUUACGAGAGGAUCAGUGCCAGAGAGGCCUUGAAGCUGCCUGCCUUCAAAGAGCUGAACAUCGACGACGAUGGAAUCAUCCUCAAUUGA